AGACAUAGCUAAGACAUUAAUAUACAAUAAUUGGUUUACAGGGUAACAUCUAUUCGGUACAAAUUUUGAUAAACUCUUGUUCAUUAACUAGAAUGUGUUAGUAAAAGUCAAAAGCAAAGGCAAUAGUGUGGAUAUACAUACUUUCUCCAUCUUCAUCCAAAUCAAAUUCUUCAAUCAUGGCUCUUAAUUCUUCAUCAGUUAAAUUCUCACCCAAAUCCUUAGCGAUCUUUCUUAAAUUUCUCAAUGAGAUCUUACCGGUGUUAUCUUCAUCAAACAACUUGAACGCGCGUUUAAUCUCAUCCAAGGGGUCUCGUUCAAGAAUCAUCUGUCCUACGACUUUGAAGAAGUUAUCGUAGUUGAUUAAGUUUGUGUCAUCGGUGUCGUAUUCAGUUAUGAUAUCCAAUACUUGUCGCUUAGGCAAAUCGAAACCCAAAGCACGGAAUGCGACUUUACAUUCAUGAUAGUCUAAAUAGCCAUCGCCAUUCAUGUCAAAUAUUGAGAACGCUUCUCUGAUUUCAAUUCGUUGUUCAUCGAGUAGUUCUUGCUUUACAGUGGGUUGCUGUUGUUGUUGUCCGGGAGUCCGUUUAUUGCCGGGGAAAGGGCUGGUUGUUUGGGGUUGGUAGUCCAAUGUACUCUUUCUUCCGCUGAAGGCCAUUUUUUUGUUUUGUUAGUUGUGUGUGUUUAUAAAGGUGUAGUCUUGGUGUUGAUAGUUUGAACUUUUUUUUAGUUUUUGAUUUAAACGCGUGUUUUGCACUAACAAAAUCUGGCAACCAAAUCUGAUUACUUACAACAAGGUGCAUUCUACAAUCAUACAAUCAAUUGAACAUAUAUAUAUUCUCCAACCUUUGUAGUGAAAUAUCAUUAAAUGAAGUUAUAUAACCCAGUAUGACGGAAUAUUCAGUGGGAUCAAAAGUCAUAGUGAAAACAACCCCAGGCAUAAUCCGCUACAUAGGCACCACCCAAUUCGCCCCUGGGACAUGGUAUGGAGUCGAACUAUCCCAGCCAAACGGUAAGAACAAUGGUUCAGUGGAAGGUGUUCAAUAUUUUCAUUGUAAACCCAACCAUGGCGUGUUCGUGCGGCAAAGCAUGCUCGAACCACAGAAGGAAAUGUCGCCCGACUUGAAUAAUGUCAAUCGGAUUAUUGAUAAGUUGCAGAAUAAACUCAAGUUGGUAACUUCCGAAUCCAGUGGGUAUAAAGAGAGGAUAAGUGAGUUAAUGAAGGAGUCAGAGAGGACCAUGGAGAGAAUUGGAGGUCUUGAACUGAAAUUAGAAAUGCAAUUAUUGGAGAAUGAGUUUUUGAAGUCCAGUAAUUUGGAAUUGACUACUCAAUUAGAGGAAUUACUGGACAGGUAUAAGAAACUAGAUACUGAGUUUCACUUGAUCAAAGAAGAGUUGGAAAUUAAUCAAGAGUUGGAGCAUGAGUUCAGUUUUGUUGAUGUGGAACAAUACUCUUCUGAUGAUAUAAAGUCCAUCGUUGAACGGAAUAAGCAGCUUGAACUGGCAUUGGUCGCAUUAAAGAAACUUUCAGAAGAGACAGAAAACAACUUAAAGAAGGAAAUUGACGAGCUUAAACUAAGCCAAGGCAUAGAAGAAAGACUCGAACAAUUUGAAGAAUUAGAAAAGAUUACUGAACAUUUAACUCAUGAAAAUCACGAACUUUCAAAGACUAUCAUAUCUCUUAACAAAACUAUAGGCGAAUUGAAUGAGAUUCAUGAUUUAGAUAAACAACUUGAAGAAACUCAAAAACAGUCAGAAGCAGAAUUAAGAAAACAGGUCCUGAACUUGACUAAAGAAAUUGAAGUAAAUAAAGAGAAAAUAAGGACUUUGGAGGACAAGAACAAACUGUUGCAAAAGAAUAUAGACAAGUCUGUUCCUGAGAAAGAUUUGACUGAUUAUGAACUCGAACUAAAAUCAACUCAGCAAACACUUCGAGAUUUAAAAGCAAAAUCUCGUGCUGAUUCAAUAAAGCUUGAAUUGGUUGAAAAUAGAUACAGCAUAGUAACCCAGCAUACAAUCCCUCAUGAAUUAAGUGAUGUUAUUCUUAAAUUCAAGUUAACUAUUCUGGACUUGAAUGUUCUAUCGACGAAGUUCCCUAAGAAAUUAUCAGGUCAAAUAUAUGCAUACUUUGUUGUUAUGGAGUUGCAAGAAUUUUUCAAGUUUGUUCAUAUGUUAUUAGAAUAUAACCCAGAUUUGGAUCUCAAUCUUGAGUUACUUGACCCUAUAUUAAAUGCAAUCACUGCGUUUAUCCAAGGUGAUGAUUUGCAACAGGGCAUAAUUGAUGAGUUUACUCAAGUUGGCAAAGCAAUUCAUACAAUUAUUGAAUUUCUGGAAUUGGAAGGGCUACAACUAGUUGACAAUUUAUGGGUGAGAUUUAUUAAUUCUUUGCUUAGACAUCAACAUGAAUUUUCAAAAAGCAUAGUUGAACAAUAUCCUAAUUUGAGAAAGCAAUUAGAUCAAUUAGUUCAGGAAGAUACAGCUAUUGAUAUAACUAAGGAAAUAGAAUUUCCCAAGGGUAAGCCUAAUUUUCGUAUACUUUUCAAGCAAAUCAAUGACUGUGUAAAUGAAUUACAUUCACUUAUCACAAAAGACGAAUUGUCUGAAACACAGUUACUGUUGUCACUUGAGAACAUUCCACACAUUGACUUCGCAUACGGUCAUUCAAUUGAUCCUGUAUCAAUAUAUGACAUCAAACCAGAACCAGAACAAAUUGCAGAAAAAUCGGAAGUUCCAGAUUCGCUAGUUUCUGAACUCAAUUCCAAGAUUCUCCAAAAAGAUCAAGAAAUAUCAGACCUCAAAUUGAAUAUCACCAUGUUGGAACAAAAUAUGAAAUCGUUGACUAGUCAAAACACUCUUAACUUGGAGAAUUUACAAGCGAAACUUAUUAAACAAGAACAACAAAUACAAUCAUACUUGGAAACGAUUAAAUCACUUGAAUUAGAGAAAGAAGAUUUAAAAACUCAGUUAACUCUUGUUGAAAAGAAUACCCAGGAAUACGAUCUUGUAUUCAAUGACUUGAAAUCCCAACAUCAAUAUAAUGAGAAUAUUUCCUUUAUGGAACAAAUAUCUCAAUUGAAACAAAUCAAUAAGAUGAGAAUGGCUACGCCCAAGCAGGACUACAGUUGGUUAAAAAAGACAUCAAGAACUAGGUGGAAUGAAACAACUCCGUUGAUGGAAUUAUCGCGAGAUUUGCGGUCAAUUGCAUUGGAUGUCAAAGCAGUUCACAUUGCCACCACUUCUACAUGGCGUCCUAAAAAGAAUUUACCCAAAUAUGCUAAUUUGUUAAUUGAAGAAAGGUAUACUCAUUACAAAUCCCGCCGAAAUAACCUACUCUAGUGAAUUCCUUCGAUGUUUGGGCCAUUUAUUCGCCCGAUCUAUAUGUUCGCGAGGAUAGAACCAUUCGAGCACGGCAUAAAUAAAGAUAUCGACAAUCACGCAAAGAACAUACAACUUUCCAGCAAUUACCCCACAACAAUAAUACUUUUGUAAUCGUUCAAUUAACGGUUGAUUCAAUACAUUUAGAUCCAACAGAUUAUACACGUUUUCCGUGCGCUUGGCAAUGUCUGACCACGAAUACAUUUUGGACACUACAGAAUGGAACGUGGAUGUGUCUAUUUCACCCGAUUGGAUUAAGUCUAUAGCGUUUAAUGUAGCAUCUACUAAUGAAUCUUCUUCUGGUUCCGCAAAUCGAAAGAUUUCCUUGGGGAGGACCUCGGGGAUUCCUCCUACUUUUGUAGUAACCACGAACAAACCGCAUGAUGCCGCUUCGACAAUGACUGUCCCAAAUGCCUCCGUGAGUGACGGGUGCAAGUAAAUGUCUCCCUGAACCAUUACAUCUCGAACUUGCUCGUGUUUGACUGCACCAAUGAGCUUGACCCGUUCUUGGAGGAAAUACUCCUCUCUCAUUUGUUCAAGGUCAAGAAAUUUGGGGCCAUCACCAGCAAUUAGGAACUUCACAUUGGGUUUGGCCAUGCAUAUUCGUGGGAUGAUCGCCGUAAGUAAAUCGGCACCUUUAUUAGGAAAUAGUCUUGUAAUAACCACAAUCGUAAUAUCCUCUCCUUGUUUCUUGUUCAAAUCAGGCAGGAAAUCCUUCGAUAUAACAGCAUUGGGGAUAACACUCACGCUCAAAGGAUCAAGCGAGGCUCGUAAUACCGUGUUCUCUUUACACGUAUGCGACACACAAAUGACAUGCCCUACGUCACUAAGCGUGAACUUCAACACUUUAUUCCCGAGAAUAGAACCCACAUCGGCAAACCCAAAUAGUGAAUGAUCGGUGAAUACGGUACGCAUCCCCAUUGUGCGGGCGUGGAAGAUCGCUUCGUGGCCUAUACUGCUGAAUGUUCCGUGACCAUGCACGAUAUCAAUUUCUUCUCGAAUGAAUAUGUUCCUUAGUAUAGGGAAUAACGAGAACACUGUAGGAAAAGUGGAGCUUCGGUAUAGAACAAAGAAAGGAAUGUAAUAAACUUUUAAUCCGUUCGUGAGUGUUCGUAUCCCGGUACGAUUGCCAUAGUGAUGCGUGAUUAUUAUUACAGAGUGACCCAUGUCAAUUAGCUUUUGCGAUAGAUGGUAUACAUGGAACUCUACUCCUCCUGGCUGAGGAUAGAAGAAAUCGCUGACCAUUGCUAUAUUAUACCCCAUGUUGGCAUUAGCGGUUGUAGUAC